AUGAUUCCCAACAUUCAUCCAUCAUCGCUACCUACGUUAGCGGAUUUCCUGCGAUCUCUAAAUUUGAGCCAUUAUACGGAAAAACUCACCAAGGAGGGCAUUUUCACAGUGACAGAUCUUGCACGGCGAAGUCAUCUGGAUAUGUUGGCUAUCGGUUUAAUAUCGGAAGAAUUCCAACGAAUUCGUAGCGCCUUGUCACAACUGCAAGACGCUCGCGGUAUGUCACGAGCAGCUGAGGUGACGACGACGACGUUGCCGUUACGAUCGGCAACGAUUCGGCCGUCGCGACAUGACGACGGAUUCUUCGUCUAA